GGCUUGUCGUCGUUCUCCGUUUCCCGUGAUCCGUGAUCCGUGAUCCGUGAUCCGUGAUCCGUGAUCCGUGAUCCGUGAUCCGUCGCUUGAUCGACUCGUGCUCCUCGCCUGGUGGAACGGAACGAGCGGUCCUUACCGGAUGUCUAGUACGAGCCGUGGGAUCCGAUUCAGUCGCAGACUUUGAACAUGUCCGCCGCCUUGUUCCCUUGACCCGUUGGAACUCCCAUUCAGCAUGGGCGGUCGACUUCGGCCGGAUGUGCAUCGGGCCUUUGAAUGCUUCGCGGAGGUGUGUGCCCCGGAUGUGGGCGUGGAAUCGGGAGGGGCAAAGGUGGGCCUGGCCGCCAUUGCCCGCACCUUUCCCACUUGGUACAAAGAGCGACAAGCCGAUCAGUUGAAAUCUGUGCCGCAAUUCGUGUUUCCUUGCCAAGGCAUCGCCACCGCCACGGUGCAGAAUUUCUCGUUCGUUCUGACCAAUCUCGAGGCCCAAUGGACGUUCGGGUUCGUGCGCCACUCGCCCAACGCGGACACGGCCCUGGUCAUGUUGUCGAGCCUGCCUUGGCACGAGACCUUUUAUCGCGUUUUGAACCACGCCGCCGAGCUCACCCACUCCCAGGACGAGGGCGAAUUGGAGCGGUUCCUCGAAGCUGUGUACAAGGCGCGCCUGCCCGACCCGGGGACCGUGUUUCAUAUCUCGUGGGAGGCCACGCCCAAUGGCAGCCGACGGGACUUCACGUGUCCAAUCCCCUUGGAACACGGAUUGCCCAGCAUACCUGAAAAUAGGAAUCUCACAGAAUACUACAAUGCCGUGGGCAUUCAUAGUAUGUUGGUGAUAUUCGCCUCGAUGCUCUUUGAGCGGCGCAUCAUCGUGACCUCGAAGCGGUUGUCGCGGCUCUCGGCUUGUGUCCAGGCAGCCAAUGCCAUCAUUUACCCCAUGCAUUGGCAACACAUCUUCAUUCCCGUUCUUCCCAUGCAACUCAUCGACUACCUCUCGGCACCCAUGCCCUUUCUCGUGGGCGUGCCCGCCCCUAUCAUGGCCAAAGUGAAGUCGCACGAAUUGGGCGAGGUUGUGGUGUUAGAUGCGGACACCAAUGUGAUCCGGAGUCCGUUCUCGGACCUCGAAUACCUUCCGUCGGAAGUGACGGCCAAUCUGAAACGCAGUCUCAAGAGUCAUCGCAACUUGCUCGGGGAUUCCGUGGCCCGUGCCUUCCUGCAGGCCUUGGUUCAUCUCAUCGGGGGUUAUCGGGAUGCGCUCAAGUUCCGUCAGGGUGAGAAGAUUACCUUCUCGGAUGAUGCAUUUGUGAGCUCGCGUUCGGGGACGUUGCAACCGUUUCUUGAGCAAAUGCUUCAGCUCCAGAUCUUCCGACAGUUUGUGGAGGAGCGGUUGACCAUGUUGAACACGGGACGAGGGUUCUCGGAUGAGUUCGAGGACGAAGUCAUUCGAUUCCAAGAGGCGCAGAACAACAAUAGUAAAUUGAAACAGCAAUACGCCCAAAUCAGUUCCUCGGUGAAGAAAGAGGGCGGGGCAUUGGUCAAAGCCGUAAGGAGCAAGUUCUCGAUAAAGUCGAGACCGCGACCUCAAUCCGCACUCAAUCAGUGGGCUACCUAUCACGACAAGUAUAAGUCCACAAAUCCGGCCGUCAAAAGUGCGGUCAAAUCAGUAAAGCAUGGGAGUCGAGGCUUUUCCACCAAGAGCAAGUCCGCUUAUCGUGAGAUGCGUUCCAAGAUGAAAACCUCGAGCUCAAGUAGCUUAACACGAGAGGGAACGCUCCAACCGAAUUCUGCGCCUUCAUCGCCGGUUCUCGGACACCGCGCUUCGUCUUUCUCGAGCAUGUCUUCUAUCGGCUCAUUCACGUCCACGCAACAUAUACCUUCAAGUCUCGUAUCAUCGGCCACGCCCCCGGUCAAUGACAGUGGGAGUAGCCAGGGUAGUAGUGGAUUUGGGGGCGGGGUGUCUUCGCUAAGUGGGAGUGGAGGAAAUCGAAUUCAUGGCUUGGCGCGAAACAACACGGAUUUGGGCUUUGGGCGUGUUCUCAAGUACGAGAGGUUCGACCCCCCUGCAUUGGCAGGGGUGCCGAGGAACCCAUUCGCUUCCAAUAACCCUCACACCCAAUUGAUUGCGGAUCAAAGUCCCGAAAUGGAAGGUCCCAAGCCCUUGGAUUUAGAUCUGAUGAGUGACUUGCAGGACGUGAUAUUCAAGACCAACCACCUGAACAAUAACCGUGAACAAAAGCAGCACCCUGUCAGUGUAUCCACCCCGCGGGCACCACCCAUCAAUCGACAUUUGAAACCCAACCUCCGACGAAGUCUGGCCUCUUAUGCCUCGGCCCCUUGCCUCGAAGACUCGAACUGCUUCGAGUACGAAAACCAAGAAUCCUCUUUCGAGGAUGACACCGGUCAAUCUGACAGUCCCCCUCCCAACGGACAAACCUCGCACCCCGCCGUGGCACGGCAACACGCACUUGGUCCCGAAAAGGCCCGCAAACCAUCGGCUGGUGACCUUAUCAAGCUCGAUUCCAAGUCCUUCGAAGAGGAACAAGACAUCUUUGAUCCGCUAUUCCAGCCCACCCCCUCGGGUAAUCAUCAACCAUCCCCCCAGUUACCCAUGCCCAAGCCUCCCAGUGCUUCCACUUUACCCCAAAUCACGAAAUUUUUCGAACAGCAGGCUCAUCAACCCCCCAACCAUAAACCCUUACAGCGCUCAUCUGGCCCCAACCAUAAUCCAUUUCAUAACCAAAAUGGCAAUCCUGCCGGACACACAGCAUCCACCCUUCGACCUCAAGGAGUGAUGCCCCAUCGAGCCCUCUUCACGAAAUCAUCGGAUGAUUUGCUCCAAGAAUACGGCAUUGACUUUAAUACCCUCAGUGUGGCCAGUAGCGUCGGCAAUUUUAGUGACAGCACCACUAUUACCCAUAGCGGUGGUAUCAGUAGCAAUAAUAGCGGUAGUGGAUCGAACUCUAAUAAUGGGCAUCCCAUGAGAUUAUUGACGGCUCAGGGUUCCAACCCGACCAAAGAUCCGGGUCUGGAUCCGUUCGCGGAUCUGGAUCCUUUGAGUGCCAAACAGGUGGGCCCGCCCCAAUCUGUGAAUCAUAUGCCCUUGGCUCCGCCUAGAGGCAUCAAAAAGCAACAUUGGACCACUUUUGAAUAGUAAUUUGCGGCCAAGUUAUGCAAGACACACAACAUGGAGAAGGGCCACCGUCUGUGAAUGGUUCAGUUCAUUUCUUCUUUUUCUUGCUAAAUAUUUACAUUCUCGUUGAUGAUAUGUUUUCACACCAAUUCUAAAUAUCUCCUUCCCCUGUUCUUAUUUGAAGUUUAUUAGUUCUUUUCUAUUACCAUGAGAUUGUCAUACUAUCGUUGAAUUGUCUUAAAAAGUAAUUUUCCACAUUCUACUCUCAUUAUUAGUAUCAUUGAAAUAUCCCAAACCUGAAAUGGUGAACACUGUGAUAAUAAACCAGUCCUUUGUUAUGAAA